AUGGAUGUCAGCAGAUGGGUUGUUGGACUUGAGAGUGAAGUGUGUAGACUUUUAGAGACCAAUAUGCAUUUGGAGAGGGAUAAGAAUCAUAAAGACAAAUAUUCGCAAAAUCCAAAAGUUACUUCAGAAUUUAUAAGCAAUUUAAUACAACUGUUACAAGAGAUAUUGAAAGAUUUAAAAACAUGGACAAAAACAAAAAGACUAUGGUACCAAGAAAGUGCAAUGCAUGUAAUUCUAAAAGCUUCACAAAAAUCAAAAAUAGUUCAUCUUAAAGGUGGAUAUUAUAUACAAGAUUAGGGAUGUUUAUAAAACAACAAAUUCGACAAAGUGUUAAGGAA